AUGUAUCAAAAUUUUGAGGAAACUACCAAUGUAGAGUUGAUCGGCUGGGGUCUAAAUGAGUACAAUACAAAUAUUUAUUUGAAAAUUAAUUUAACUAUUUGUAUAGAAAAUAUUUUAUUUUUCCAGACAUUCGGUACACUGCAAAGUAUAUUGCAAAAAGUUGAACUGGAGUUGGUAACAUUAGCAAAUUGUCGUCGGGAAUUAAACGCAUUCUUACAGGAAUCACAUCUUUGUGCUGCUGAUGUUGGUCAAAAGAAAGGACAGUGUAGCGGUGAUUCAGGUGGACCCUUACUGUAUAACCACAAUAUACAAAUAGGUGUAGUUUCAUGGAGUCUUAAACCUUGUGCCAAGAAACCAGGAGUAUUCACAAGUGUUAAACAUUAUUUAUCAUGGAUUUAUGAGACAAUUAAUAGAACUAUUACAUACAAAGUAUAACAUUUUUUAAUUUGUACCAUUAUAAUACAAUAAAUGCAUUUAAUAAUAUAUGUAUAUAUAUAUAAUGUCAAACUUUUAAGCUAACUUUUAACUAAGAAAUAACAACACAACAAAUAUUCAAAUUCUGAAACGUUUCAUUUGUACUAAGCAAUUGUUUUGCUUCCAGCUAAAUUAUCAGCAGAUUCGGUGACUUUAUGGAAUAAUCAACUCUCGCUAUGCGGUGCAUUCAUUGUCUUUCUAUUCAUAUAUGCUAGAAAUAUUGUCCACAUAACACUACAAAUGCUUACGAAUACAAGACGGUUGUGUUCGGGUAUCACUGAGAAGUUGAUAGUUUGUAUUAUAGGCCAAAAGCACACGCCCA